AUGAAGCUCUCCAUCUUCACAAUCCUCAUAGCGAGUGCCGCCUUCACUGUGGCAGCUCCAGUUUCCACAAACGCAGAUGCAGUUGACCUCGAAAGCGUCGGUCGAGCAUACAUUCGUAACGAAGCUGCUGCUGUAGAUUUCGACAGUGUGGGGAGAGCCUACAAGAGAGAUUCCGCCAAUGACGCGGAUUUGGAAAGUGUUGGACGCGCUUACAAGCGAGGAUCUGCUGAGGAUGUUGAUUUAGAGAGUGUUGGAAGAGCGUACAAGCGAAAUGGGGCGGAAGAUGUUGAUCUGGAGGCCGUUGGACGUGCGUAUUAA